AUGUCUGCAAAUAACAAGGAAGCGCAGUCUGGGCUCAAUAGGUAUCUUGCCUUGAAGAAUAAGGAGGCGGGUGUACUAGAAUCAAACCCUAAUAAUAGACCUAAAUAUGUACAGAAUGAAAAGUCAUUACCUCAAGCAGAUCGAUGGAGGUCUACUGUAUUGGGAGAAAUAUCAAGUAAACUCACCAAAAUCCAAGACCCAGCUAUUAGUGAGUUUCAAGUGAGAGAUUUGAACGAUGACCUUAACCGGUUAUUCAAAGAGAAGCGAGCUUGGGAGUAUCAUAUCAAAGAUUUAGGGGGUGUUGACUAUAAACAUGUAAAUAAUAGUGAGGUGACAGGAAUACAGGUGAAUGGGUAUAGAUAUUUUGGGAGAGCUAAGGAACUUCCAGAUGUUAAAGAGGUGUUGGAAGAGCAAAAAAAACAUAGAACAGAUCAACAAAAAAGGAAAAAUACCGAGAAAGAAGCUACUGAUGCUCUUAAGGCUAGAGAACGAAGAAUCGAUGCAUCAUAUUAUGGGGUUUAUGACGAAAAUAGUGUUGAAAGUGUUGAUGGAAUAACCAGAACUGUAUUAGAUCAAGUUCACAGCAUAUUAGGUGACAUAAGCCCACUGGAGCAUGAAAUCCAUAACGAAAACUACACAAAUACAAGCAUUGAAAAUGAUUUAUUAGAAUUUGAAAAGAAGAAAAGUAUUAAAUUACUUCAACUGGAACAUAAAAAGAAAGGUGGAAGUAGUCCCAAAUUGGAAAUUCUCCCACUGGAUAUCCCAAAUGCUCUGGAUAUAUCCAAAUGGUUAGUUCAACAACGUAAAAAAGAGCUCCUUUCAAAAUUAAACAAGGCUUAA